GCCGAGGCGGCUUUAGCUGUCUUCUAUAUAUAAAGAAAGAGGACUUCUCGGGUUGAGGGGCAUUUUUUAUCAUUAAGUACCAACUCCGGACAACUGAGACCCAGACAACUCUUUACAAACCCCAAUUAGUUUCUCCUAUCCAUAAUACUACACAUAUCCAAAAUGGUCCAAACACUGCACUCACAAAUCGAAAUUUCACACCCUCCCUUAGAAGUCAAAAGACUCUUCCUCGAUUUCUCCUCCAUCCCACAAUUCCACGCCGGCUUCACAGUCCGUGCGAUGGACGCCUCGAAACCGAACCCCCAGCCCGGCGAUCGAUUGGAAAUCAACUCCAACGGUACCGUCCUACGACCUAUUGUCCUCGAAAACACAACCGAACACUUCUACUGGCAAGGCAAUUUCCACGGCCUGAUAAAAGGGACGCAUAUGUGGCGAUUUCUGCCAAGCGAGGAAGAAGGGAAUCGAGGCGGGACUACGUUCGUUCAAGCCGAGGAUUUUGAGGGCGUGUUGAGUCUGCUGUUUUCGAAGUGGUGGCCGAAGUGGCUCGGAGGAAUGAGGGGGAGUAUUGAGAGGGAUUUUGAGAGGUUCAAUGGGGAUUUUAAGAGUUGGGGGGAGGGGGGACGGGAUAGGGGCUGAUUUGGGGUUGGGGUGAAGGACGGUUUGGUGGGGAUUUAGCAUGUGGUUUUGCUGGAGUUGUUGUGUUUUCAAUAGGAGGACAAUAUUUUGCUCUGAGAGCGUGCCUACAAUGCUUUGUUCUCAGUAUGCUCACACUUGGUUGGGAUGAGGUCGAGAGAGAGAAAAGGGGGUGUGUCACGUGCUUCUCGAGCCGAUCAACACUUCAAGACUGCAACCCAAAGUCUUCUCCCACGCUCUAUACAAUUGAUUCACUU